AUGCCGUGGCUGAGCGGCGGCCGGCGGCGGCGGCGCGGACAGCCCCGCGAGGCCCCGCGGGAGCCACCGCAGCCGGCGCAGCCCCCGCGGGAGCCGCCGCCGGCCGCGCCCCCCGCCGCGGCCCCCGUGCCCCCCGCGCCCUCGGCGCCCUCCGCGCCGCCACCGCUUCGGGCCCGGGAGAGCGCCGAGCUGCCGCUGCCUGCCGGCUGGGAGGAGGCGCGCGACUACGAUGGCCGAGUCUUCUACAUCGACCACAACACGCGCCAGACGUCGUGGAUCGACCCCCGCGACCGGAUAACAAAGCCAUUGACCUUUGCUGACUGUGUUGGGGAUGAACUUCCUUUAGGAUGGGAAACUGUAUAUGAUAAACAAAUUGGAAUUUAUUACAUGGACCACAUAAAUAAGCUGACCCAGAUUGAGGAUCCCAGAGAGCAGUGGAGGCGGGAGCAGGAACGGAUGCUAAAGGAGUAUUUAAUUGUAGCCCAGGAGGCUCUCAAUGCCAAGAAAGAAAUCUACCAGAUUAAGCAGCAGCGCUUCGAGCUGGCCCAGGAGGAGUACCAGCAGCUGCACAAGAUGUGUGAGGACGACAGCCGCUCGUACACCAGCUCCUUCUCUGGAUAUUCAACAAAUACCAAGUACGACCCAUACCAAAUUAAGGCAGAGAUAGCAAGUCGUCGGGAUAGGCUUUCUAGAUUAAAACGAGAGCUGACCCAGAUGAAGCAAGAACUGCAGUACAAAGAGAAGGGAGUGGAGACCCUGCAAGAGAUUGAUCGCAAGAUGUCUAAUGCUCACACCAACUACAAACUGGAUGAGGCACAGGCUAUAAUGAGCGAGCUCAGGACCAUCAAGAAAGCCAUUUAUACAGGCGAGAAGGAAAGACGGGACCUGAUGCAAAGCCUGGCCAAGCUGACUGAUGGCUUCAGGAAUAGCUGUUCUCUUACCGACCCUCUGCAGGAGUUCCCUCCCGGUGCAGGCGCACUGGGCGAGUCUUUAUCUCACCAGUUUUGUGAUGCUGGCUCUCAGACUGACAUCAUAGGCGAGUUCAUCUUUGAUGAUAAAACAAGGCUUGUGGAUCGAGUCAGGCUUAACUGGCAGUAUGAGGAAGCCAGAAAGAGAGUCUCAAACAUCCAGCAGCAGCUGGCCCAGCUGGAGAGUGAGUCGUGGCCGGGCCUGGCUGAGGCUGACAGGGACCGGCUGCAGCUCGUCAAGGAGAAGGAGGCCCUGCUUCAAGAGCUACAGCUCAUCAUCCAGCAGAGGCGGCCGGCAGAGGACGUGAUGAGACUGGAGGAGGAGCGGCGGCGCCUGGAGGAGGAGAUCCAGCGCACCCGGGCCACGUCCAUGCAGGGCGCCACCGAAAGGAUUCUGCUUCAGGAAAAAAGAAACUGUCUCCUGAUGCAGCUGGAAGAAGCCACCCGCCUCACGUCCUAUCUCCAGUCCCAGUUACAAAGCCUGUCUGCCAGCACCCUGACCAUGUCCUCGGGGAGCAGCCGCGGCUCCCUGGCCUCCAGCCGGGGCUCUCUGGCUUCCAGCCGGGGCUCACUGAGCUCCGUCAGUUUCACCGACAUCUACGGGCUCCCACAGUACGACAAGCCUGACGCCGAGGGCGGCCCGCUCCUGCGCUUCGACCUUGUGCCCUUCGACUCCCUGGGCCGGGAUGUGGGCCUGGCGGAUACCGCGGCAGCCCCGGGCCUGCACAAGCCGAGGCGCUCCCUGGACACGCCACAGUCGCUGGCUUCCCUGUCUUCGCGGUCCUCCCUAUCCUCGCUGUCCCCUCCCAGCUCUCCCCUGGACACGCCCUUCCUCCCGGCCUCUCGAGACUCGCCCCUGGCCCAGCUCAGUGACGGCUUCGAGGUGGCAGGCCUGGGUGCCCUGGACAGGCUGCGGGCUCAGGCUGCUGCCCUGGGAGACGAAGACCUGCCGGGCGCUGUGGCCCUGCCGCCGCAUGGGUGCCCCGGGGACGGGGAAGGAUCUCAUGAGCGAGGACCCCAAGUGGCCACUGCUCCCACAGCUGCAGCAGUGACCCUUCGAGAAGACAGCGCCCAGAGGCUGGAGCAGAGACCAUGCCACAUGUCCACCUGCCUGUCUGAUUACUCGCUGGCCAGCGACAGCGGCGUGUUUGAACCUCCCAACAAAAGGAGUGAGGAUGCUGACGAGCCUGUUCGUGGAGAUGCUUGCAGUAACGAGGGGCCCCAGAUCCAUGUUGGAUUUCUGCUUGACAGGGCCAAUGAGUGUCUCCUUGUAAACGUGCUCCAACUGAAGAACUUUGCUGGGCUGAUGGUAAAGGAAGACUGCAAAAUACACAUCCGUGUCUAUCUGCCCCCGCUUGACUCCAGCACGCCAAACACUUACUGCUCGAAGGCUCUGGAAUUGCAGGCCCCCCUGGUAUUUAAUGAAGUGUUCCGAAUCCCUGUGCAUUCAAGCAUGGUGACGUUGAAGUCUCUUCAGUUAUACGUGUGCUCCGUGAACCCGCAACUGCAGGAGGAACUGCUGGGCAUUGCUCAGAUUAACCUGACCGAUUACGAUUCGAGCGAGAUGCAGCUGCGAUGGUACUCAGUCCAGGUGUUCACUGGCCCAGAGCCGCCCCGGCGGGAGGAGGAGCGGCCAGGAGACUGUGCCACCCAGGACCUGACACUGGCUGCUUGCAGGAAGACAGAUGCAGUGACGGUGCUGCUGGCGAGAACCACAGCGCAGCUGCAGGCAGUAGAGAGAGAGCUGGCCGAGGAGCGUGUGAAGCUGGAGUACACGGAAGAGGAGAUCCUGGAGAUGGAGCGCAAGGAGGAGCAGGCCGAGGCCGUGUCUGAGAGGAGUUGGCAGGCAGACUCGGUAGACAGUGGCUGUAGCAGCUGUGCCCAGACCAGCCCCCCGCACCCAGAGCCCUGCUGUGUUGGUGUUGACUCUAUCCAUGGACACACGUUUGCUGGCCAGGCAGAUCCUUACAGCCCCGAGAAACUUCAGCCCCCAGCUCUUAAGGUUGAUAAGGAGACCAACACAGAAGAUCUUUUCCCCGAAGAGGUAGCGAGUCUUCGGAAGGAGAGGCCCAGCCGCAGGGCCCGCGGCUCACCCUUCGUUCGGAGCAGCACCAUUGUCCGUUCUCAGACUUUCUCGCCUGGAGCACGAAGCCAGUACGUUUGCAGACUUUAUCGUAGUGACAGUGACAGUUCCACACUGCCUCGGAAGUCCCCCUUUGUGCGAAACACUCUGGAAAGACGGACCCUUCGCUAUAAGCAGCCCUGCAGGUCCUCCCUGGCGGCGCUGGCAGCGCGCACAUCCCUAGACCUGGAGCUGGACCUCCAGGCGUCGCGGACGCGGCAGCGGCAGCUGAACGAGGAGCUGUGCGCCCUGCGCGAGUUGCGCCAGCGCCUGGAGGAUGCCCAGCUCCGCGGCCACACCGACCCACCGGCCUGGCUGCUGCGAGACGAGCGCUUCCGGAGCCUGCUGCGGGAGGCCGAGCGGCAGACGAGACAAACCAAACUUGACUUCCAUCAAGAACAGGCAGCCGAGAAGAUGCUGAAGAAGGCCUCUAAGGGGGUGUGCCAGCUCCGUGGGCAGAACCUCAAAGAGCCCAUCCAAGUGCAGACGUUCAGGGAGAAGAUAGCAUUUUUUACAAGACCAAGGAUUAACGUACCUCCUCUGCCUGCCGAUGAUGUUUGAUGUAGUGCUUUGUACACAUGAAGUAUUUAUCUGCCUGUUUUAUUUUAAUGAAGUUCUUAGGCUAGCUAAAUUUGUCUUUAAAAUAUUUGUGCAAAGCUAUUAAUAUACACAUUUUGUAAAAAAAAAACAAAACACAUAUAUCUAUACAUACAUAUUUUAUAAUAGUGACGGCAACAGGGCUUGGUUUUUCCUUGUUGUGAAAUUGACAUCUCUGAAGACAGGUUAUUUUAUAAGAGAUCAAUUAUCAUGUUAAGAGUGUACAGUUUUUAACGCUGUUUUAUUUGACUUAAAGGCUGGAAGACAGAAACGAAGUGAGUUCAGGCAAAUUCACUGUAUUGUAAUUUAUUUAUAGUACUUUUUUUUCCUUGAAGGAAAAUACUGACUUUAAGAUGUAUUUUAAGACUGAAAUUUUGUUCUUCAGUAUUUGUCAUGCGGUAGAAUGGAACUUUGGGGCCGGUUUUGUGUCUGACACCCGAAAUGCAAACACUAUGUGCUGAAUUCUCCUCCUCCAUGCAUUUAUCAUGUAUAUCAUACACUUUGGCACCCUUUGUGUUCCCUUAAGAUGCCACCGCAGGGGCUCAGUCAGGUGCCACCGCAGGGGCUCAAUCAGAAGUCAGUGCCUGGUGCCCUGCGGGCACCUAGUGUCCCUGUGGCCCCAGGUCUGAAGGCGGUUCUAGAGCCCCUGGCGGCAGCCACACAGCCCGCCCUCCCCCGGCCUCUGCCUUUCUAGUCCGCCCUAUCCAGUUGAGACCGAGACCCAACAAAGAGGGCAGUGGUGGAGCUUCUCCUCUGCUUGCAGGAAAGUGAAAAGAGAAGGAAGGUGCAUUUUCAGCGAGUCAGUGGAUCCGCUGAUGGAUGGAGCCGUCACAGCACGGACACAAGAACCUUCCAAGGCGCUUUUUUGAGGAGGCAGGCUUCUGUGGGAGCCAUAUCUAGCCAGCAAGUGGCUCACAGGAGAGCAUUUGCUUUCAAUCAGAUGGCCUCCGCCCCAUACUGGAGUCGUCCUGAUAUUUCUUAAGAAAUCUUAGAAUUAGCUGACGAGGAAAAAAAUUCUUUACGUAAUACAACUAUACCAUCCUCAUAAAAUGCCAAAUGGUAUAGUUUGUCUACUACGUAUUUAUUAUCUAUGGAAUGCACUCUCCUUCAUGAGGCCUCGGAGAAGUAAACGAGGUGAAUCACACAAAAUGUAAGAGAAAACGCCCUCGUCCCCACACCACCGUCUUUCUGCCCUUCCCUUGAAAGUGUCCCCCCUCCCCCCUUAAUCAGCAGCAUCUCUCUUCUCAUUAGUCUGUAACCACUCCCUUGUAUAAUCUGCCUUCAUUUUCACAUUUAUUAAAAAUGAAUUUUGUAAAUGCAUUUCAUUGACCUAUCACGGACAGUGAAGUUGUCAGUGGUGGUAAAGCUGAAAACUUUGUGCUUUUUCACACUUGCCACUUAUUGCUAUGAAUCUCUGCCUCUAGUCUCGAUUUUUUUUUCUUUUUUUUCUUUCCUCAUUUCCCUGUAUACAUACCCACAACAGAGGUAGAGACACAUAAAACAUCAGUGCCUGCCAAAAAUGCCAGGAGACAGCGUUAGUGAAUGGUCAGGAUGGUGGCAGGCCCUCCCUGUCCCCAGCUGUUGAGACUGACGAAUUGGCUGGUGCUGGACUCUGGGGUGUGUGGAAAGCAAAUCAUGUACAUUUCAGGUGCAUGGCUCCCCAGAAGUGGGGCAGUCCCAGCCGCCUUGCCUAGGCGCUCUGUAGCCACAUUGCCACUUGAAGUGCUCAGUGGGUUGAAGGGUUGAAGCAGCUUUUACUUUCAAGCUCUACAAAGCGGCAACGUAGGGAAACCCACUGUGCCUGUACAAAAAGCCUGCAAGGAUUUGCAGAUAAAUGUCACUGUCCAGUCAAGACUGAUGAUUUUUGUUUGGCGUGCUUCCCCACCCCAGAGUUUAAUGAAAACAAAAAGAAAUCCCUGCUUUGCCUCAGUAGAAACAGAUAUAGUCUGUGCUUUGACAUCAGUUCCAGGAGCGCUGCUUGCACCUUUCUGUGUGUCCCUCCCUCUCUCCUGAGUCUGUCUGCUUUUGCACCUGAAUGGGACCAUCCUAAGAAAGCAAAGAAAAGCCAGGCAGAUGAAGGAGGGGAGGUGAUGGGUUUCCUGCUGCUUGGCAGUCUGUGGACAGAAGGGGCAGGUGGACAGCGAUAGAGGCCAGCUGAGGAGGCAGGAGGACACGAUGUCCCCUAAUUGGCUUCUCUUUCCUGACUUGAUUUUGCAGCUUCUGACUAGUUAAAACUACCACCCCCUGGAAAAUAUCCCACAUGUCUAAAAAGUGAAGUCCUAUCGUCUUAAGGGGUAUUUUCUUAUGUUUAAGUUUGUCCAUAACUGUGCCUUGUGGUAAGAAACCUCUGCCUUGUUUUAUCAGCAGUUUAGUCCAGAAACAAUCCAAAGUCUGCCACCAGGGUCCUUUAGGAACACUACAGCAAAUAAAAGGGAAUUUGGUCUUCCAUUCAUCUGGUAACUUAACUGUCACCACCGAAAUAUGUAACCUUCUGUUGUGGGAAUAAGUUAUAAUCAGUAUUCAUCUCUAUUUUUGUCUCUGUUCUAAUUGUGUCAUUUGUAUCUUUUGAAAGUAUUUCUUCUAUAAAAUUAAACUAAC